CAGAGAGGGUUAUCAGUCAACGUUCGUUCUCGACCAGACAGAAAUCAGCCAAAAUGUUCAAGUUUGUGAUGAUCCUCGCCGUUGUGGGAGUGGCUACCGCCCUGGCCCCAGUUUCCCGUUCGGAAGAUGCCCACGCCGAUGUCGUCUCCCGAUCGGACGAUGUCCGUGCCGAUGGAUUCGACACCAGUCUGCAGACCUCCAACGGAAUCCAGCAGGCCGCCAGCGGAGAUGUCCACGGCAACAUCCACGGCAACUACGGAUGGAUCUCCCCCGAGGGCGAGCACGUCGACAUCAAGUACGUCGCCGAUGAGAACGGAUACCAGCCCUCGGGAUCCGUGAUCCCCACUCCUCCUCCAAUCCCAGAGGCCAUUGCCCGUGCCCUCGCCUGGCUGGAGUCCCACCCACCAGCACCCGAGAACCACCACUAGAACUCCUCUCUGAAAGCGGAUCGCACUACGGACUGUUCCCCGGAUACCUUUCGAUCUUCUAGUUUAAGCAAUUUAAUUGAUUUUUAAAAUACACGCAAUUGUUAACGGCAGUAACCUGA